AAAUAAGAAAACAAGGAAAAAAAACUGUAAAACCAAAAAAGAAAAAACCAACAAUUUCUUCUCUCGAAUCAAUUUCUCAGAAGGAAGUUGGAUCGAUCAUGGAAGCCAUUUCUGGAUCAUCAUCAUCUUCUUCUAUUUCUUGGGGAUUCGUCUUUUGUGAUGAUUUUGAAUACGAAUUUGUUGAAGAUAUCGAACGUCUUUCGAACUGGGAGUUGCUUGAUGCUUUUGAUGCCGAUUCAGAAAUGGACGGAAAUGGAAGCGAAGAACAAGGGGAAAAUUGCAGCGUUGACGAUAGAGUUUAUGAAGAUCUUCGAGAAAUGAUUGUGCCGAUUUCGCUUGUGGAGGAUCGAAUCGACGGUUCUUUGGAAGAUAUUUUUUUCCUUCAGAAUCAAGCGGAAGACACUUUUGCGUAUGGUUAUAAUGAUUCUGCGGAGGAGGAGGAGGAGGAGGAGAUCGAUGGUGAUGAUGAUGAGUUCGAUUUGGAUGAUGAACUCGUUCCGUGGUCUGUUAGUGACAAACUCGGACGGCAGAGGAUGAGGAAAUUGGGGAAAAGAGGUUUUACGAAGAUGUAUAAUUCGAAGAGAUCUCCGUUUUUGUUCACCAAGCCUGGAUGUGUCCGCGGCAAGCAUGGACUCGGCUUGAAACACAGUUAUUAGAACAAGAUCAGAUUCGAGAACUCUGCUCGAUCAACUGCCUUAAAAAGGUAACCAAAUCCAAAUCUAAUUCCAGUUUGCGGUAGAUAGAUGUAAUAAGCCCUAAAAAUCUAUAGUUGUUUCGUUUGUUGUAAGUAGUAGUAGUAGUGUAUUAGUAGUAUUAGUAACUAAUGACUCUGUAAAUUGAAUUUGCUGGGAUGGUUUCUGUUGAUUUUCAAGGCUUGGAUUCAGGAUUGAUGAACACUAACUCAAAUUUCAUCUUUGUGUUCUAAUUAAUCAUCAGUCUUUUCUCUUAUAUCCACAAGAAUUGUUAUGCUAAUUGUUGGGUUAGCUGUUCGGUUGUUUGCAUUUUUGUGGUUCAUGUAAUUUGUCUUAAAAAUCUGGAAUCUGGGCCAUACCAUCUGAAGAACAACUGACAAUUAUUCUGUAUCAUUUCUCAAGUAUGUUAAAUGUAAGCCAAGUGUCUGAUAAAAAA